AUGGCCUUCAAUUUCAACUGGUCUCCGUUAUCUACCGAUGCCGGCUUCCUUCCGCGAGCACAAGAACUCCUUACCAAUGCUCUCAACAGAGCCGACCCUAAACCCGCGAUUAUUGUCGACGACAUCAUUGUGAACGAACUCAACCUGGGAGAUGUCCCUCCCGAGCUGGAAAUCCUCGAAAUUGGGGAUCUCGCCGAGGAUAGGUUCCGCGGGACCUUCAAGAUGAUGUACAAAGGCAAUGCAUUCCUCACGCUGAAGACGAGAGUACAAGCCAACCCUCUGAACACAUAUCUACGGACUCGUUCAGCGUUUGCGUCGCCUCGGCCUCUGGCAGCAGACACUGGACUGACGAUUCCGCUACAAAUUACUCUAUCUGAGUUCCGCUUGUCCGGGUUCAUCAUCUUAGUUUUCUCGAGGCAGAAAGGAUUGACGUUGGUCUUCCGUAACGAUCCUCUAGAGUCAUUGCGCGUAUCUUCGACAUUUGACUCCAUACCAUUUGUCGCCAACUUUCUGCAAAAGGAGAUCGAAACCCAGCUGCGUGGCCUGCUGAUGGACGAGCUGCCAGCCAUCAUUCAUAGACUUUCACUUCGACUUUGGUCACCGGAGCAUAAAGCAAGAGAGGAAAGCGAGUUGGGAGCAACCGAGAACAGCAACGCGGAAGUGGUUGUAGAUCCUUUGGCAAGUCCACCUCAGGAUCCUGUCGACUCAACCGGUGCGGUCUUGACCCCUGCCGAGAUUGCAUCGCUCUCCUUGGACUCAUCGCUCGAAACCCACUCCUUAUUUUCUCAGAAGAAUUUGAUUCGGCUGGCGACGCUCACGGACUCGCAUCGGACUCUCUCGUUGUUCACGCCUACAAUUCGAGAUGCGGUAUUCCGGGCAUGGACGGGCCCAUUGGAACGUGGAGAGAUGACGGGUCUCCAUACGCGAACGACCACACCAGCAUUGUCUAGAAGCCACUCGUAUGCUACAAGUCUGAGCACUGCCACCACAUUCACUUUUGACAACUCUACUCAUUCCCGACCUGGUCUACCAAGCUUCGCGUCGGCAAGUCAAGGCUUGUGCAUGGGAAGUUCAAGGCACGGACAAGGACACAGGCCGCGUAAAAGAAAGAAACGUGUUGUCAACCUUCGAAAACAAGCCGAUACGGGAGAGUUGGAGCUGGUCAGUGAAGAUGGGUCGACGGCAGAUACGACCAGCAACGCCGCAAGCUCAUCAACCGCACCAUCAGUAUUUUCUGCACCUGCGGCGGCGAUGUCAUCAGAUCUUUCACAAUCACUAAACCUUACGACACCACCUCAAAGUCCUCUUGCGGCCAGGCGUCCCGCUUUGGAAAAGUAUCCUGCUUCAGAUAUGCGUAGUGUCAGCGAAGGGAUACCGGGGCCGGCAAUAUUAGACUCGGCCCAUGAACCAGUUUUGGAUAUACACAAAACGCCGCGAGCUGUUGAUCAAGAUGCGACCAUUCGCCUACGAAAUCGGAAGCCCAGUCCGAUCGCAUUCGAUGAUGACCCGACUCCAAGGGCAUCGAUGUAUUUCACCGAGGGGACAGAUCAAAAAGAUGCACGUCAUAUUAAUGAGGGUCGAUAUCUCCCAACUGAAAAGGUCGGGUCUGAAAAUGGCUCUCCAGGGUCUUCGCGUCAUCCCCUGCCCAACUUUUUCCAGUUCGUGACGGACCCAUCGAAUGGUGGGAGUAUCGCAGAACGAGCGUGGAUGAUGAAGGUGGCCAACGAGAUGGCCAGACGAUAUGAGGAUGAAAGGCUCAAGGGUAGCUUUGAACCCUUUUCUCCUCGUGAAGAAGAGCCGGUUCCCCCACCGGCCUAUGCGCGAUGA